AGAAACAGGAGCAUUACAAAUAUUAUGGUGUGUUUGGUAAUAUCAGGCCAUGGAAACCGCUGGGAAUAAUGGUAUAAAAAGGAAUUUCUCUUAUCAGAGGACACAUAUCUUUCUACAAGGGUUCACCAGUGUCUGCUGAGCGCACAUAAAAAUGAAGACUUGGAUUUCAAUUGGUCUGUUGACAUUAGUCACUCUCCUUCAGAAUGGAGAAUGCGGAAUAACCAGUUGGACAACUCCAGCGAUUACAGCGGGAAAUGGAGGCAGUGGAGCUCUUACAAGUACAGUUGAUAAUGGUGCAACAUCCUCAAGUUCACUCGGUAUAACCGUAGUCGCUGUUACGGAUGCUUCUACUAUAACUUACGCAUUAACAUCACAAACACCUACCGACGUUACUUUUGCCGUUUCCUCUGCAGGUGUUGUCUCAAUCGGGUCAGGCACUGUGGCUUACGCUACUACGUCUGUGUAUACAUUAGUCAUUACUGCUACAGAUGAUGGAAGUGCGACGGGCAGUGCUUCUGUGACACUUUCGAUUAAUGAUCUACCAGCCUUUGCAGCCACACAAUACGGCUAUACCAUCGCAGAUGCAGCAGCUGCAGGCACAACUUUGGCAACACAUACGGCAACAGAUGUGGUGAACAGUGGCUCGUUAACAUAUACUUUAGGUGGAAAUACAAACACGGAUUUUGCAGUGAGCACCUCAGGGGUUAUAACCACCGUAAACGCAAUGGCUGCUUCCACAACAGGAGGAUAUAGUCUUGAGCUUAAGGCUGCAGACGCUUCUCUUACAGGAACUACGACUAUUUGGGUCGUUGUAACGUCAUGCUCAAGCGGAGCUGCAGGAAUGUUAGCUGGCGUCAUGACUUUGUUGAUGGCAAUGACAGCGGCUUUGUAUUAGUUAAUAUAGUGACAACGAAAUAUUUCCGUUCUUUCACCAAUAGCGUAUUACAGUGGGAAAGACGAUUGAUCAUAUAAGACUGAGACAUAUUGCGUCAACAUAAAUUCACAUUACAUUUUAAACCGAUAAAUCAACGAUAUUAACAUAAUUCAUUAACAGAAAACCUCUAUAUCGAGUUAAUGGUUGUCAUUGCUAAAAGUUAUUUUAUCUGCUAUUGCAUGGCACCAACUGUACAAACAGUCUUGGAAGUUGAUGAAAAAAUGAAUGAAGUAGAGCGGGAAAUGAAUUGUCACUUCUAAUAGAAUGUAUAGAAGAAAUUUGUUUGUUUGUUUGUAUUUUUAUUACUCAAAUGCAAGAAUGAUAUCAAGGCACUCGAUAUUUGAGCAUCUAUACCAAUAUGAUGUCUAUCUAAAUGUUUUAAAUAACGGUCGCAAAUAGAACAAAAAGUAGGGUUGAAUUAUAUUCCUUAUCCAUUCUCGUUCUUAUUGUUUUAAUAAAUAGAUUUACUUUAAGGCUGGUGCGACAGUAUGUGGUGGCAUUAGAAAAUUUUUGUUCGUUGUAACUAAAUUUCUUCAAAAGAUACCAAUUUAUCAUUUUAAUGUCAUAGCGUGAAAAGCAAAAUCAGUCCCGAGUGCCUUGAAAUCAUUUAUUCUGAUCAAUUCAUGAAAUGAAUUAAAUUCAUUGAAAUAUUGAUCAGUUCUUACUUUGUCGUCACUUACUUGAACAUAUACACUUACAUAGAAGUAGUUAUCCUGAUGUAUCUUACGAUUUAUUUAGCUUUCAUGUCCUUAUUAAAAACUUUUACACUGCCGAAAUAUGAGUGUUAAUGUUAACAAUGAAAACUUAUUUCAUAACUAUUUAUAUAAAUCGCGGGUCUAUACUUUGUGCUAUAGGACCAGUCUAUAUUCAUCACAUGUUUACUGGAAAUUAUACGGAAAAUUAAUUUGUGAUGCCAUUAUUGAAUGGCUUGAAACUAUUGACCCUCUCGGUCAUUUAGAUCUCGGACAAUAGUUUUGACUAUUGACAGGCAAGCCAUCCGAUAAGUUCAAAAUACUUAUCUAUAGAAUAGGCAAGUUUUAGUUCUAGAACGAAACCAACGCGGUAUUGAGUUUGUGAAGACACGACUUAAUUUCUGAUCAAAAUUAGUUCGUCACGCAAUAAAAAACUACAAGCUAGUAAGAUUUAGCUAUAUUUGUAAAAAUUGUGACAUAAGGUUUGCAGUAAGUGAUACUUACUUACCAUCUUGAAAAUGUUUUCUCUUAUUAUCAACCUCUCUCUUUGCUUUUUUGCAGUGUUCUCAAUAAAAUUAUAAACUAUC